UGAAAAAAAGUUAUAUCGAUACCAAUCGGGAAAACAGCUGAUGACCAAAAUAGUUUUCUACACGUGCGCCCUUUUAAUUUGAUUUUAAACUGAAAAUACCUUAAAAUGGGCAAACAAAAGAAAACCCAGAAGGUAAAGAAACAGCGAAAUGCGCAGCUUAAACGCCUGAUGAAGCCUACGGAUUCGCGUCUGAAGGAUCAAAUUCGGGAAAAGCGAAAGAAAGCCGAGGAUCCUCACCAGGUGAAAGUCCACGAGGCCACGCAGCAGAGCUCGGCGCUCUUUUUCCAGUACAACACCCAGUUGGGACCACCCUACCACAUAGUCCUGGAUACCAAUUUCAUAAACUUUAGCAUUAAGAGCAAACUGGAUAUUGUGCAGGGAAUGAUGGAUUGUUUAUAUGCCAAAUGCAUACCCUACAUUUCAGACUGUGUGCGCGCUGAGUUGGAGAAGCUGGGCAACAAGUACAAGCUGGCACUGCGCAUCAUAUCAGAUCCCCGCUUCGAGCGCUUGCCCUGCCUGCACAAGGGAACCUACGCCGAUGACUGCAUCGUGGAGCGUGUGCGCCAGCACAAGUGCUACAUAGUGGCCACCAACGACAAAGAUCUUAAGAACCGCAUUAGAAAAAUACCCGGAGUGCCCAUUAUGUAUGUGUCGGCCCAUAAGUACGCCAUAGAAAGAAUGCCGGAGGCGUAUGGCGUGAAGGCGUAGACUACUUUUUAUAGUUCUAUUUUACCUAUUAAAACAUGAAAUUACUUUAAGCUCAAA